GUCCUUUCCCGCCACCUGGCUUCCUCGUUGUGUCUGGGUUCCUGUCCCCAACGACUCCUCGACUGGGCAUGAAUGGGGCGGGGGAGCCUGAUCCUGGAGGUGGGGGCUACAAGAGGCGCUACAGGGCCCUGAAACGGAGGCUCAAGUUCCUGAUCUAUGAGCAAGAAUGUUUCCAAGAAGAGCUGAGAAAAGCACAGAGGAAACUUUUGAAAGUGUCACGUGAUAAAAGUUUUCUACUUGAUCGCCUGCUGCAAUAUGAGAAUGUGGAUGAAGAAUCUUCGGAUUCUGAAGCAACAGCCUCCUCUGACAACAGUGAUGGAGAGAUGCCCAAAGGAGCAGAGCAGCCAUCUUUAAAGAGAAAACGAAGUCCCCAGCUUGGCAGUGCCUCCUCCCCUUCUUCUUCCGGACUUUCCCUCCAGCCGACGUCCGGCUUUGGGCUUCCGGCUUCAGGGACGCCAUCCCCCUACUUGACUUCUGUGAGUAACUCCAUCUUCCGAUGGGUAAUGGAGCUGUUAGUUAGUUUAUUUAUGGUUAACAGCCAGUAAAACAACAAUUCAUAAUAGCCGAAUCCCAGAUUAUUUACAAACGAAGGGAUAAGAAAGUUAAAAUACAACAUAAAGCUUAUUUUAACAUUCCUCUAUAGGAAUUAAGGGUCUCCUGUCCACCUGCUCUCCUGUAUUUGUUUACUAAAAUACAAAACUGGCCUACAUCACUGGAAACUCUUUGGUCCUUACCCAACAGCAAACAGUUCAGUUUCCAUUUAUUGACUUUUCCAGCCCAUUCAGGAUUUCUUCUCUAAGCUUGUCAUAUAGAGGGCACUAAAGCAACUAAAGUUCUAGCGGAUCGACUUCUUCCAAGGAGCAACCUCAGAGCCUCUGUUCAUAGGGGAUUUUCUUGAAUCUACCCUCUAAGACAGCAGAUGGCAGGGUGUUGCUUUGAGCCUCGGGUAAUGAAGCUGGAUAGAAUAUGCUGCCCAAAUCAAACCUUGGGCUCCAAAGCUCUCACAUGCACUAAACUGAGAAAGGACUCUGAAGAAGUCAUAAGAACAUAAGAACAUAAGAACUAGCCUGCUGGAUCAGACCAGAGUCCAUCUAGUCCAGCACUCUGCUACUCGCAGUGGCCCACCAGGUGCCUUUGGGUCCCUUCCUGUGUCAGAGAUGCCUUGGCCAGGUUUUCAUUAAGCUCAGCACACCUUUGGCACAGGUGCCAUGAUGAUAUUGCUGCCCAGAAUCAAAAUGGUGGCGAAGGUUUCUCUGCUGAUAAGCUUCCUUGGUUGUCCUAGGCCCAAGUUGCCAGGUGCAGGAUAAACAUACCAGUCCUGUGUUCUGCUCACCAUGGCUGUGUUGACUUUUGAGUGCAACUGCCAACUGUGGAUAAGGUUUCUUGCUUACAUUCUCCUCAGUGUCUUUGGCAGCGCUUCCCCGUUCUAGUAUACCACCCCGUGACUUGGCCAUACCUGCUACGAGCGCAACCAUUUUGUGCGUUUUUCCCAAUUUCAAAGGCAGCAGAACUACAACUGGAUAUUGUAGUUGCCUUAGGCUGCUCCACAACCCCUUCCCUUCAGCCUCCUUCAUAUCACCUCCAUUUCACCUCAUUAUGUCCUUCCAUGUUUAUUUGUAGAUGUUGACACGCCACUGUGUGUGGGUAGGCCGAAGCUCCAUAUUGGCAUCUCUCUCGGCCAGAGACGGUGUUGUGUGUCGGGGUGCAGGCAAGAGAGGGGUGCCUUUUGCUUGUUUACAAAGGCUUUUGUUAAGAUUAGUCCUCAAGGAAGCACCCGUCAGUUGCCUGUGUUGGUGCGGGUUUGACUGAUGUGUUUGUGCAGUCGAACAGGUUUUGUGUCUGUGUGAAUGCCAAAGAGGAGAUGAAUGGAGAGUGGGUGAAAUUCUGGCAAAGAGUUUAUCUAAAAUACCCUGUUUCCCCGAAUAUAAGACAUCCCCUAAAAAUAAGACGUAGUAGAGGUUUUGCUGAAGUGCGAAAUAUAAGGCAUCCCCCGAAAGUAAGACAUAGCAAAGUUUUU